UACUUUUAUUUAUCCGUGGCAGUGUCAGUGUCAGAAAUAGGUUGUCAAGUGGUACUGAAGUCAAAAAGAGGAUUUGCCAAGUUAUCCUAUAUUUUGGAGCAGAAUUUAAAUAUUAAGUUAAAAAUGGCUACUGUUGAAGAGUUAAAGAAGAAGAUUGAAGAGUUGGAGUCUAAAUUAGCCGCCGCACAAGGAACUAAAGGUCCAGUUAGAGAAAAAAUCGAAGUAAUGUCUGCAGAAGUUGUCGAUUCAAAUCCUUACAGUCGUCUAAUGGCGUUGAAGCGUAUGGGCAUUGUGGAUAACUAUGAGAAGAUCCGUGAGUUAUCAGUAGCCGUGGUGGGUGUUGGUGGGGUGGGGAGUGUCACUGCUGAGAUGCUCACUCGCUGUGGUAUUGGCAAGUUGAUCCUGUUUGACUAUGACAAGGUGGAGUUGGCGAAUAUGAAUCGGCUUUUCUUCCAGCCGCAUCAGGCAGGACUGAGCAAGGUUGCCGCAGCGGCCGCCACACUGCAAGCUAUCAAUCCUGACGUUGCUAUAGAUGCACAUAACUAUAACAUCACCACUGUUGAUAACUUUCAGAAGUUUUGUGACACAAUAAGUACGGGCAGUUUGAAGAGUGGUCCGGUAGACCUAGUGCUGAGCUGCGUAGACAACUUCGAGGCGCGUAUGGCUAUCAACACAGCGUGCAAUGAGCUCGGACAAAACUGGUUUGAGUCUGGAGUCAGUGAGAAUGCAGUCUCUGGACACAUACAAUUUAUUGUGCCCGGAGAGACUGCCUGCUUUGCGUGCGCGCCGCCGCUGGUGGUGGCUUCAAACAUAGACGAGAAGACGCUGAAGCGAGACGGCGUGUGCGCAGCCAGCCUGCCCACCACUAUGGGCAUUGUCGCUGGAUUUCUCGUUCAAAAUGCUCUAAAAUACUUGCUGGGCUUUGGCAAUGUCAGUCACUACCUCGGCUACAGCGCAUUGACUGACUUCUUCCCAACGAUGAGCCUUAAGCCGAACCCUACAUGCUCGGAGGCGUGGUGCGUGCGGCGCGCGGCGGCGGUGCGAGCGCGCCCUCCGCCUGUGGAGAUGGCGGCCGAGGUGUGCGAGGACACCGCCCCCCUGCACCAGGACAACGAGUGGGGUAUUAGCCUGAUCGAGGAGAACGCGCCGGAGGAGGAGGCGCCCUCCAAUUUGCAGCUUGCAGAGGGUGUGCAGGUGGCGUACAGCAUAGGUGUGGAGGCGGCGGCGGAGGUGGAGGCGGAGGUGGAGGCGGAGGUGGAGGCGGGAGGAGGUGCGGGAGACAGCAGCACGCCGGAGUCGAGCGGAGGUGCGCUGGCGGCCGCUGAGCUCUCACUGGAGGACCUCAUGCAGCAGAUGAAGUCGCUGUAGACUGACAACCACUAGCUCCUACACUAUGUACUUUUAUGUUAAUUUCAUUAUACUAUAUUUAAUAUACAUAUUUGUAUAUGGUUGUGUUAUUAAUAUUUAUUUAAUAUAUUUUAUUUUUGUUCUUUUGUGCUUACAAUGUUCUCAAAGUGUCAAAAUAACAUGAUAUUGUCUCGCUUCAAACGUAAAUAUAUCUUGUUAAAAAAGUAAUUAUCAAAAACUGGGUAACUCAUGACAUAUAUAUGUA